AUGGCGUCUGCGCAUAGUCAUUUCCUUAUCUCCACCUCAAGUCUAGAGGAAGAUGGUUGCCCUUCAACCCUGCGAGAUCGCCUGCGCGACGAUGAUACUCCAGCGACAAGUUCCUCCACCGGGCCUAUUCCCUACCACAACAUCUACCAGCAGGUUCACGCUUGUCUUGGGAAGUCCUUGAAUACUUCAAAGCCCGAAAGCAAGGUUGUUCAUGCACCCCAGAGCAAUGAUCAGGCUUCACAGCUUCGAGAAUCGUAUGCUCGCAUGGGCAUGUCCCUCCACAGCUCUGCGAUCGACCACCUCGUAAAGGCGCACACCGAUGUGCAGGCCAAGACAGCGCGGUUCGCAGAGAAAUCUGGCCAGACCUUGUCGCAAUCCAAACAGCUAUACGCCAACAUCGCCUACCCGCUGGCGGCCACACUUUGUCAUCACAAUGACCAUGAAGGCCACCCCCGAGCAACUGUUGCGGUUCAUUUACAGAAGCUCCAGGAAGAAAUCGCUGCCGCCAGAGAAGAGGCUUGGAAGGAACUAAACAAGGAGCUCGCCGAUCAAAUUAAUGAGAAUGGCGUCGAUGAGGAGGUUUUAAAGGCUGCUGAGGAUUUCAAGGCGCAGGCGGAGGCCAUCGUGGAGGAAAAGUGUCAACUCUUGGACGAGGUUGACAAGGAGUUCAAGGCUGAGAUCCAGAACCAGACUUUGAAAAUGAUGCAGGAUCUCUUCGACGAUUGA